AUGACAACGCGCGCCCCCACGUGGCGAAGGAGAUCCAGCAGAAGUUGGCGACGCGCGGCUGGGAGACGGUAUUCUUCGGACCUCGCUUCCUCCGAUUACCACUUGCUCCGCCCGCUCAAGCACCAUUUGGCCGGAAGAAAAUUCGCCAACUACGACAACCUCAAAUCCGACUUCGCAGACUUCUUCGAAACGCAGCUCCGGAGUUUUGGGCGAAGGGCAUCGGCGACGAUCGUUGGGCCAUUGUCGUGGAUAACUGUGGUUAUUAUAUUGUUGAUUAGACUUGUUUUUCAUUGAGGUUGAAAGAAAAACUGAAAAUGGUGAAAUUUUGUGACGAAUUAUUGGACAACCUGAUAUUUUUUAAAAGCACAUCACCGUGUUCAAAGUGAAACUCAAAGUAGCCGCCAGCGAAGCAAAAUAUAACUGAAUCUCGUGAAAAUUACUUUGGACACGGUAUGUGCGAGAGCGUCGCAGUGCAUGCACGCAACACACGACACUUUACAGAGAAACGUAAACUGGCGUCGUCGGAAAAACGCCGUGGGUUCGUAACCUCGUGACGCAUUACAUUUUUGUCGAUUAUCACAGUUUAUUUCUAAGUUCACAGAGGGAAUAUGCUGAGGUAAUUUUUUCAGUCUUCACAAGGACGGCACUGGAACUUGCGAUUCACGACGGCUUUCUCUGACCCGGCACAGCAAGUUUGGCGAGGAAAGAGACAGUAGUCGAAAUUGCAACGGGCCAAUCGCUCCCGUGUGCCCCCGGAGAAGAGCCGCCGACAACGUCGCCCGCCGUGCCGUCUGGAUCCCGCGCGACGAAGAGCCGCCGAAAACGUCGAAAGCCGACCUGCUUCCACUGAAGAUCAUGCUCUGCUGCUGGUGGACGCCAAGGGCAUGCUGUACUUCGAGCUGCUCCCGCAAGGCAGGACGGUCACCGCCUCCAUCUUCACCGAUCAGCUCGAGGAACUAGCCGGCGUCAUCGGAGAAAAGCGUCCCCGACGUGCCUUGGUCUACCUUCUGCCCGACAACGCGCGCCCCCAAGUAGAGAAGGAGACUUAGCAGAAGUUGGCGACGCUCGGCUGUGAGACGGUUUCCGGGCCUCGCCUCCUUCGACUACAACUUGUUCCGUCCGCUCGAGCACCGUUUGGCCGGAAGAAAAUUCACCAAUUACGACAGCCUAAAAUCCGACUUCGCGGACUUCUUCGAGUCGCAGCCCCCGGAGUUUUGGGCAAAGGGCAUCGGCGACCAGCUCAAUCGAUGGGCCAUUGUCGUGAAUAA